GGUUAAGGUUUAUGUUGCACAGUGGGCAGGCGAGAAACCGUGGGCCAACGCAAGUUCGCCCUCGCUGAGGAAAACCCGGUCGUACCGCGUGGUCGCGAGGUGGGGGAAAAAGUCGCAGGCUUGCUGGGAAGGUGAAAGUUCUGAGCCAGCAGCACACCUCCUUACAAGCAUACGAGGGACACGGGUAGCUCCCACGUUCUGAAUUUCAGGUCCUCGGCCCACGCCUCGGCCCACACUUUUCAGGCGCUGAAAGCCAGCUCCCGCUGCGCGGCAGCGCCAACCAGAGGCUUCCAGGGAUUCCCUUCACCGUCUUGGCUUGGAAGGGUGAGCGCCUGAGCGGGGUACUAUGCUGGCGAAGUUUUCAAUAUAGUGCGCUUCCUUACACGCACACGCGGGGCGCCAGGUAGCUCCCGAAUGCAUGGCCGGUUUCACACGCGAACUUAUCGGCCGACCGGCGAUGGCCAUGGCCCCUGGGCCCCUCUUUCCUGGGCACCGAAGAAGAGCCAAAUUUCAGUUUCAGAGCACACGCGCUGCGAUUCUGAAAACCGUAUGGAAGCGCAGGCGUAGAAACCCGGGGAGGAACAUGCCUCUUCCGAGGGAGAACAAGGAGUUCCUGGCCCCCGCAAGCACGGCGCAUCAACGGCGGACGGUGCUGCCCUACGGCUCCGCUGUGGCAAGGCCUCCGCAAGCACGGCGCAUCAACGGCGGACGGUGCUGCCCUACGGCUCCGCUGUGGCAAGGCCUCCGCAAGCACGGCGCAUCGACGGCGGACGGUGCUUCCCUACGGCUCCGCUUUGGCAAGGUUGGUUGCGGGUCGCUGGGCGGCCUUGGGAACUUGUGGCGGCAGGCGGAUGGAAAGAGAGCAGAGAGACGGUACACGGUGUAUUUGGGGCAUGGGUACCGGAAGCAUGGGCGCGCGUAGUCGAGGUGGGUGUCAAGGCCCGGUUCCCCUGCCAAGCCCCGGCUGAGACUGGAAUGUCGUGGAGAUUCGUGAUUCGAAUUACUGUCGGAGUUCAGUUCGCACGCACAUUGGCCCGUAUACGCUGUGGACGUACAAGACAGGGCAAGUGUGUAAAUACUUUGAGGCUCGGAUGCGUUCGGUUUCCCCUGUCGUGUGUCGUUUGGAGGUGAGGCAUCGAUCGGUUGUUGCUGCAGGUUGGGUAAGGUUGAGGGCAGACCCCCCUUACUCCGGUUCGGCUGCACGAGAAAGUGGCCCCCGCAGCAAAGUGCUAACUGAGUAUCGUUAAGAGUAAAGCGUCUUCUGCUUGUAUCCAUCUUCGCUUUGGUUUGGAAGGGGCCGAAAGGCCACUUCUGCAGUUUAGUCAUCGCUGCCGACCCAUGGGCGGACCACUCGAAUGGCGGAGCACACCCCUCUCCCCUGCUUCUGAGCAGGCCCACUUGCAUGCAUGCGUCACAUCAAUCACAUCCCGAUGUGGGCAUCCUUCUGGGCGCCGUACACGCCAUGAUCUCAAUGCAGCUUUCACGCCAACUGCAACAGGCUGCCUUCGGCCGCUUGUCCCAUGUUACAGCAUAUUACACUACCCCACACACGCCCCGGCCUGAGUUACCUUCUGGGUACGCGAGGGUCUCCAUGCAACAUUCACGCCAACAGCGACAGGCUACCUUCUAACAACAGAGGCUGCUCGUCUCAUGCAACACCAGCCCACACGUGUCACGAUCCACCGUGUGGCCGUGAGCCAGCCCGUGCCACCGCGUGCAUGUAGGGGCGAGGUCGAGCAGGCACGGCACCUCGGAAGCCGGCCGCAAGCAGGCAGUUUAAGGGCGGCAGCGUCCUGCUUGCGCCACGGAUAGUGACAAAUCACAGCGCCUCCCUUGUCGCCGGAUCGUUCCUGCGACCAGUGGACUCGGGACGCAAGCGAGACCCCGUUCCCUACAGGCCCCUGCCCCAGCUAUUGCGACGCCUGCAAGCAAGCAGCAUUGCAGUCCCUGUCACAGGUAUUCCCGUAUGCCUGAAUAUGCGGACCGCAAAUGCACACCAGAGGCAGCAGGCGUGGGCGGUGCGACUUGGUGUGAGGCACGAACGAAGCUAGCUUUCGGCAAGCAUGCAGCUGGCUCCUGUCCUGCGCUGUAAGAUAGCUGAGAU